AUGCCGCGGCCUGGGCGGAACACGUACAGCGACCAGAAGCCGCCGUACUCGUACAUCUCGCUCACCGCCAUGGCCAUCCAGAGCUGUCCCGAGAAGAUGCUGCCUCUUAGUGACAUCUACAAGUUUAUCAUGGAGCGCUUCCCGUACUACCGCGAGAACACUCAGCGCUGGCAGAACUCUUUACGUCAUAACUUAUCUUUUAACGACUGCUUCAUCAAGAUCCCGCGGCGGCCGGACCAGCCCGGGAAAGGGAGCUUCUGGGCGCUGCACCCGAGCUGCGGGGACAUGUUUGAGAACGGCAGCUUCCUGCGCCGCCGUAAGCGCUUCAAAGUGUGCGGUGCGCACGCAGCAGACUCUCUGGCUCCAAGUAAGACGCAAGAAGCGGCGCACUACCUGCACGCACAGGCCAAGCUGCGGCUGAGCGCGCUGCAUGCAGCCGCGCACUUGCCGCAGAUGGCGGGAUACAUGUCCCAUGUGCCACCGCCCUCCGGCUUCAAACAUCCUUUUGCCAUCGAAAGCAUCAUCGCACGAGACUACAAGGUCCUGCCCCCCCCGCUGCCCUCCUGGACCCACGUGUACGACCCUGCUACUGCCGUAUCCAUGGCGACCAGUGACUACUCCCCGUACGGCAUGCCGCUCAAAGCGCUGUGCCCGGGCGGACAGACUCUGCCCGCGGUCCCGGUGCCCAUCAAGGCCACACCGGGGCUCCCGGGGCUGCACGCACACCUGCCCUUCCUCGCGCACUCCCCGCAGUCUCUGAGCCCUACGGCCCCGCACUCAGGCCUCACGCACAGCCCCGGGGCCCCGCAGGACGCACUUUGCUCCGGGGCCUCCAGCGCAUUGCAGCCAGUGGUGGCCGUGCACUGA